GUAAAGAUGGCGGAGCGCAGCGGUUACGGAGCAAAGAUGAUGAACUUGAGUCGUGUUUAGGGGCUGUUCUCGUCUUGCUGUCCGGUGUGUGUCGGUGUUCUCCGGUGUGAGGAUGGCUCACCGCUACCUGCGACUGUCGGCGGGCUGCAGGACCAUGUUCCGGCUGCUGCUGCCCUCCAACGCGCCCGGCAGGCUGGUGAUGUUUCCGACCACAGCGGGGCAGGUGGAGGGUGGGCGGAGCCUGCUGACUGACCUGUUAGGAGCCUACAGGAGACUGAGCUCCAAACCACCAAAAGGGUUUGAGAAAUAUUUUCCUGACAGUCAGAAAACUCCGAAACACAGUGAAGCUGAAGCAGCAACCAAAGAAGCCAAACCUGCCAACACUCAGAGAGCGUCUGGGAGGUCUGGAGGAGCAGGAGGAGGAGGAGGAGGAGCAGGAGGAGGAGCAGGAGGAGGAGCAGGAGGAGGAGGAGGAGGAGGAGGAGGAGGAGGAGGAGGAAAACGAGGAGGUCGUAAGGAGGAGUCACACUGGUACAGCCGUCUGCAGAAGGGUGACGUUCCCUGGGACGAUAAGGAGUUCCGCAUGUACUUCCUGAGCGGAGUGGCGUUCUGGACCACCGUCACCUAUUAUUUUGUGUUGAGGGACGGAGGCAGAGAGGUCACCUGGAAGGACUUUGUCAACAACUACCUGUCCAAAGGAGUGGUGGACAGGUUAGAGGUGGUCAACAAGCGUUAUGUGAAAGUGGUUUUCUCUCCUGGGAAGACGCCGGUGGACGGGCAGUACGUGUGGUUCAACAUCGGCAGCGUGGACACGUUUGAGAGGAAUCUGGAGACGGCGCAGUACGAGCUGGGCAUCGAGGGCGAGAACAGGCUGCCGGUGGUUUAUUCCACCGAGAGCGACGGCACGUUCCUACUGAGCAUGCUCCCCACGGUGCUCAUCAUCGGCUUCCUGCUGUUCAUGCUGCGGCGGGGCCCGGCGGGGGCGGGGCGUCCCGGCCGGGGGAUGGGCGGCUUGUUCAGCGUCAGCGAGACGACGGCGAAGAUCCUGAAGGACGAGAUCGACGUGAAGUUCAAAGACGUGGCGGGCUGCGAGGAGGCGAAGCUGGAGAUCAUGGAGUUCGUCAACUUCCUGAAAAACCCCAAACAGUACCAGGACCUGGGCGCCAAGAUCCCUAAGGGAGCCAUCUUGACGGGUCCUCCAGGAACAGGAAAGACUCUUCUGGCCAAAGCGACGGCCGGCGAGGCCAACGUGCCGUUCAUCACCGUCAACGGCUCCGAGUUCCUGGAGAUGUUCGUGGGCGUCGGCCCCGCCAGGGUCAGAGAUCUGUUCGUCAUGGCGAGGAAGAACGCCCCCUGCAUCCUCUUCAUCGACGAGAUCGACGCCGUGGGGCGGAAGCGAGGACGAGGAAACUUCGGAGGACAGAGCGAGCAGGAGAACACGCUGAACCAGCUGCUGGUGGAGAUGGACGGGUUCAACACGGCCACCAACGUGGUGGUUCUGGCGGGAACCAACAGGCCGGACAUCCUGGACCCGGCGCUGAUGAGGCCCGGACGCUUCGACAGACAGAUCUACAUCGGUCCUCCCGACAUCAAAGGACGAGCGUCCAUCUUUAAAGUUCACCUGCGUCCUCUGAAGCUGGAGGCCGACAUGGACAAAGACGCUCUGGCCAGGAAGAUGGCGGCUCUCACGCCUGGAUUCUCAGGCGCCGACAUCGCCAACGUUUGUAACGAGGCGGCUCUGAUCGCCGCUCGCCACCUUUCAGACGCCAUCAACCAGAAACACUUUGAACAGGCCAUCGAGAGAGUGAUCGGAGGUCUGGAGAAGAAGACUCAGGUUCUGCAGCCGGAGGAGAAGAAGACGGUGGCGUACCAUGAAGCCGGACACGCCGUCGCCGGCUGGUUCCUGGAGCACGCCGACCCCCUGCUGAAGGUGUCCAUCAUCCCGCGGGGGAAGGGGCUGGGCUACGCGCAGUACCUGCCCAAAGAGCAGUACCUGUACACCAAAGAGCAGCUGCUGGACCGCAUGUGCAUGACUCUGGGAGGACGAGUGUCCGAGGAGAUCUUCUUCAGCCGCAUCACCACCGGAGCUCAGGACGACCUCCGCAAGGUCACCCAGAGCGCCUACGCACAGAUCGUCCAGUUCGGGAUGAACCCGAAGGUGGGUCAGGUGUCCUUCGACCUCCCCCGGCAGGGCGAGAUGGUUCUGGAGAAACCGUACAGCGAGGCGACGGCUCGUCUCAUCGACACCGAGGUCCGAACCCUCAUCAGCGAGGCGUACCAGAGAACGCACCGCCUGCUGAGCGACAAGAAGGCCGAGGUGGAGAAGGUGGCGCUGCGGCUGCUGGAGAAGGAGGUUCUGGAUAAGAGCGACAUGGUGGAGCUGCUGGGCAAACGUCCGUUCGCAGAGAAGUCGACAUACGAGGAGUUUGUGGAGGGAACGGGAGGCGAGGACGAGGACACGACGCUGCCGGAGGGCCUGAAGGACUGGAACCAGGAGAGGAAGGACAAGGAGGAGAGCCCGGACGAGCAGGUGGCCCGCCAGAUCUCCGGAGGAAUGCCUUUCUAGAACCUCACCGACACGCUCAGUCCUCACGUCGGGUUCUAAACCACAGUUCAUCUGCAGCUCCAGAAUCAGUUCGGCUCUGUCUACCAGGUGGAGAACCGGAUCACUGACUGAACAUCAAGAACGUUUGCUCACUCUGUAAAGCUGUCAGACGUUUGGGGUGGUGGCAUAGAACCCCAAACGCUGCCCACGUGUGUCUGCAACUUGUUAGAUAAACUGUGUCUCAGUCUACGAGGUGGAGAACCUGCUCACGUACUGCCAGACCGGAACAUCAAGAACUUUGCUCUUCAAGUCUUCUCUUCGGGGUUCUGCUCUGACCUGCUUGUAUCGCCAAAGCUUCACUCUAUAAAAUUCUAAGAUGUUCUGUUGGACAUCUGGGUUCUACUGCCACCACCCCAAACGCUGCCCACAUGUGUCUGCAACUUGUUUAUUUGAAGUUCUAGAUAAACGUCGUCUCCGUCUCCUAGGCCACUGAGAACUCACUGCUAGAACCUUCUCUCUGGAGUUCUUCCAGUUCUAGAUGCUUGUGGAACCACCACACUGAGUUAACACACAGGGAGCUCUGCACAGGAACGUUCUACAGCUGUAACAUCAGUCGGAGAACCUCCAGUAUACGCUUCUAGAACAUUCAAAUUCAGACAUGUACUUUGAAAUCCCUCCACAAAUUGUCAUCAGAAUAUUUCUAUACAGAGAACUGUUCUCUACUCACAACCUCCCCCCGGUAGAACCGUCACCGCCGUCCUCUAGAACCGACUUCUAAAAACACUUUUGCCAACACACAUAGUUCUGUAUCAACAAACGUUCCACAGGAGGGUUCUAAAUGAAUUACGACACAUACACUAGAACGUUCUCCAGCUCUACAAUCUACUCUAACAACAAAUCUUUUCCUCAUGAACUAGAACCGACUCUGACACUGAGUUAAACAUACAGAGAACGGUUCUCUGCAUAAAACUCUAGAACCCUCUCAGCUGUAGAAGCCUUGCAUGCAGGGUGCAAGAACAGUCAAAUCCACACAGAUCCUUCUAAACUACAGCUAAUAUGACAUAAAACUUCCAUUAAAGAACCUGUGGAACCUCCCACCGAGUUCCAAAACAUCCAGUUCUACAAAGCAGGGUUCUGGAUCAUUCACAGCUCAAACACAGACAUGCUUACAGAACGUUCUACGAUGUGCUGUUAUAACACCAGAACCAGCUCUGACCCGUAGAACCAUUGACAACUCAUCAACUCAUUGAUGACUGUUCUCUGCAUAGAACUGUAGAACCUUCCUAUGCUCUGCUGCAGGGUUCUAAAUCAAACAGACUUCAGCUCUGGCCUGUAGAACGUCUGAAGAACAUCUGAAGAACAUCUGAAGAACGUUCCUGAGCAGAAAACUCUGUUAAAAGUUCUAGAUGUGGUUCCUCGUCUCUGACAGAACGCCGUCGGAGCGUUCCGCUUGAUGCUUGGAUAGAACCCUGAAGGGAUGGCUGUGGACUCGAUGAGCUCCGGUAGAACCGUGAAGUUCUGCUGUUGAUGGAAAACUUUAUUUAAAAAGUGACAUUUGAGACAAACUGGUGAAUAAAACGUAUUUAUUGACAUCGUUCCGCUGGAGAACCGAGCAGAACCACAUUAAUGUUCUCUUUGGUCUCUUCAGACAGUAAAACAUCUUCAACAUGGUAACCGCAUCGUCGGGUUCUCAGACAGCGGCCGACCAGGUAUUGAUCGGUCAUUGAUUAGCUAUCGCUAGCAUGCUGUAUAAUGUGUGCAGCUGAGUGUAAACAUGUGUAACAAUAAUGUGUAAAUGUGUGUUUUCUGUUUCAUGAUUCAGAUGUUUUAAUAAAGUCAGAAAAACAUUAAUAAUCAAUAAUCUAUCAGUUAUUAAAAGCUUAAACACUUUUUC